AUGACGAUGCAGAUCUUGUCGACACAAGCCUGGGUAGGGCUGCUAGUUGUUGCUGCGAUUGCUGUUCGCUCCUACAGACGAGAAUCCUUAACUCCGUGGGGCUGUAUAGUCGCUCUCUGUACGGGUUCAUUCUAUGCUCUUCAUCCCAAUAGACCACUCAUACUGUUGCUUGCCUUCUUUUUGACAGGCACAAAGCUCACAAGCUGGGGCCAUGAUUUGAAACAUGAGCUUCUCAUGGAUCCAGCAGCAAGCAAACAGCCAGAUGCUCCAAAGAAAAAGGGUCGCACAUCGAUGCAAGUGCUUUGCAAUAGUGCUCCAGCUACUAUUCUCCUUGCUAUUCAUUCCAUCACAACUGUUACUCAUAGAGAACCUGCCUUGACUGCGUCUCUAAAUGAUUUACUCAUGGUAGGUGUCAUUGCACAGUACGGUUGCUCUGCAGGUGACACAUUCGCCUCCGAGAUUGGUGUCCUCAACGACGACUGGCCUCUACUCAUCACUACCUUGCAAAAGGUACCACCCGGGACGAAUGGCGGAGUAUCACUGCUUGGAGUACUCGCCUCACUCAUGGGUGGCGGUGUCAUUGGCGUAGCUGCACUCCUUAUGCCUGCACACAGCGUCUACACGCGUAUGGGCUACUUUUGCAUCGCCGUUGCCUCGGGCUUCUUUGGCAGUCUGUUUGAUUCCAUCUUGGGGGCCACAAUGCAGCGGACCGUGUACGAUCAGGAGAUGAAGAAGGUGCUUGAAGCACACGGUGGAACAAGCGUGCAGGUCAAGGCUGAUACUGAAGACAAGCUCAUCAUCAUUGGUAGCGACAUUCUCGACAACAAUCAGCAAUGA